AACAAUGCAUACAUUGACCGGAGACACAAUUGAACACGUGUAGACCCUAGAGAGAUCCGAGUAACGAUCAGUCGAGCGGAUGACAACAUUUGUAAACAGUAGUGUUUCUUCUGUGUAGAAACCUGAGGACAGCGCUUUCUGAAAUGAGACCAAUGGCCCCGAGUAUAUGUCGUGGAUAGUACAGGUGUGUUGUAGUAAAUAUAUUGUCACUCGUCUGGCGGGGAAUGGAGCACCACAGCUAACAUCAGGAUGGGGUGUGGAUCCAGUAUGGACUCCUUCGACGAGCCCAAAACCGUGGUGGUUUUCGGGGCUACGGGUUUAUUAGGAGGGUCGGUUGCACGUGCAUUGUUGAACGAUCCUUUCAAGUUCCGAGUGAGAUGUGUCACGCGGAGAACAAAUAGCGACAAAGCGCGGGAGUUGGCGGAACUUGGUGCUGUGAUAGUCAAUGCUAACCUUGACGACACCAAGUCUCUGGAGAAGGCUCUGGUUAAUGCUGACGCCAUGUUCCUCACCACACAUUUCUGGGAGGAGAAGAACAAACAGAAGGAGAUUGUACAGGGACUGAAUGCCAUUGAUGCUGCUGUUAGUUGUGGAGUGUCUCACAUCAUCUUCAAUGGCUCAGAAAAUGUAAAAAAGAUAAUUGGUCGAGAUUGCAGUCACCUGGACUCCAAGUUCUCUAUUGAAGAAUACAUCCGGGAAGUUGAUACAGAGGAAGGAGAAGGCGAGUCACCAACACAAGAUGAAGACAAAGCCCUCGGUCUUAACUACACAAUUCUCCGCCUACCAUUCUGGUAUGAAAAUUUCUAUACUGUCUUCAAGCCAUACAAAUUAAAGUAUGGAGUGUACGCUUUAGCACUGCCUAUGGAAGAUGGUAUACUGGACUGUAUGGCUGUUGAAGAUGUCGGGGAGUGUGUUUAUGACAUACUCUGUAAGCCUAAACUUUUUUAUGGCAAGACUUUGGGCCUGUGUGCAGAUCGACUGAGCAUGACGAAUAUCGUGGACACCUUCAAUAAACACUUUGAUACAAUGAAAUUUAAGGAUCCUAAGAUAAAGAUUCGGGAUUAUGAGAAUUUCAAGUUUGCGGGUUCAAAGGACCUAGCUGCCAUGUUUGAGUUUUAUCGUGACGGCACCUCGGUUGUGAGGGAUAUAAAAGUAACAAAGAAACUUAACUCUCGAACCAAAUCACUGGAUAAAUGGCUGGAUGAGAACAAAGACUAUGUAGAAGGCGCAAUACGAGAGGAUGAGGAGGAUGCACAAACUUGAAUGGAAGGCUUACUUUGUGUGAAAGGGCACUUUAUUUCAGCAGACACAAGUGGGAUGAUAGUCACUGAGCCUGUGAUUAGACACCAGUUUGUCAUUAAUGAUUAUGGCUAAAGUCACAUUGAUGUCUCCGUUUGUGUUGCCAGAAGUAUAUCAUAUAGGGGUAGCCAUGUCGCUACUUCAGCUUCACCGGCCGUGGGUUUCAUUAUCGGCCUUAUCGAACACUUGUUGAAAGUAACUUUAAUUGAUUAAUAACAUCUCUAAAAUCCCUUUGACUGGUGAAGAACCUAUCCUGCCCAUUCCAUCCAUGACAUUUGAUAUCCUACAAUCCACCAGGAAGCUUUACUGUCCAAAGCAUUGGAAAAGCACUGUGAUAAGCUACUUUAACUAAAGAGUUAUAACUAUGCACAUCAAAUGUGAUAAAAAAGUAUUUAUAUGUUUUUACUCCGAUGAUGGAAACAGUUUUAGUUGAUUAAUUAUGUCCGUCCAUCAUGUAAGGGAGAUUUUGUUGAUAACACAAAUUCCCAUCUAUACUAAUACAUUUUGUUUACUUGCAUUUGAACUAAUAAUACAGAACUAUGUGUAGAAAUUUAGAUUAAUUUACAGUCUGUUUACAUUGUUGUUGUUGAUGUCAAUGAAUCUCCGUUAUACAUCCUAAUUACUAAUUGUUUGUUUUUUUGUAAAUAAUAAACUUAAAGUCCUAGUCAGUAAUGAUUAUCCUGGAACUUACGUGCUUUAUUCUCAAGAACAUUGCAUUCCCAGUCCCCCACCAAUAUCAUAAUGUCACCUAUUGCCCCAUCUAAAAAAGUUAUAUAGAAACAGGUUCUAAGUCAGUAAGUUGUGUGUUUACAGCUCCGUAACACACAACUGUAACAAACGGCUGGCUGAUCCAGACUUUUAUAUUAAGAUGAUGUUAACAUGCUGAUGUAAAUAAAAUCUAAGGUACAAACAUA